AUGGCGCAAAAUGAAGCAUCAGACUAUUACACCCUUGUGUCUGGGUUUUAUGGCCCUGGCGCUCUAGCCUGCUGGUACUUGAGCAUAGCGGCUUAUAUAUUUAAUUCCCUCACUGCGAAGCGAGAGGGAAAGUCCCAUCUCUUUGGGCUUUCAAUCGAAUUUCUCGCACUGAUGGCAUACCCCAUCAUCGCGAUCGGCCAUCUCCUCAUCCAGAUCAAUGGAUUUCCUGUGGGCUACGAGAAAUACCUUACCGAGAACUUGCUAUCCUGCCGCGAGAGCUGUGACAAAGGGAUACCUCUGCCAUACGAUUCCCCCGACGGCUCACAUCUUGCUACCCACGCGGAAUUGUACCCCCGAAUUCUGGCAAUGAACCCGGCCCUGAGAAUUCAGGAUUCAUUCUUCUAUAUCUGCGCCACGGCACUGUUUUUUGGCUUAUUAACACCGACCAAGCCCAGCCCUGUUAUGAAAAAUGUUUUGUUCACGGCUGGACUUGCGUGGUGCUGCGCUGUGAAAAUCGCCUUGAUGGUUAAGCUCAACCGCCAUGGUGACAGCAGCGGCACUGUGGGAUCUCCCAUCGAGGUCUUGGUUGGCCUCAUUUUACACGGCUGUCUGCCUCUGACCAGAAUAUACGCGGCACUUAUUUCGCCUAUUUUCGCCCUCUGUUGA